AGCUGCAGUUACAAAGGCCAGACCUGUGAGAAAUCUCGUCACUUGUAACGUCAAGAUUACUCUCAAGCUCAAGACCUGCUGUGGGAGGGUAAACAACACAGUGACCACGGCACGGCGGCGCUGGCAGGCCCGCAGCAACGCCUCGGCGCUCACUGCUGUGUUGGCAGCUCUGUUGUAUUUGUGAAGUAUGGACACUACCCUGCAAGGUCCUCUGUAUGGGUUUUCAUGUAGCACCCAAACCUUCCAGGGAGCAGCACAGUAUAGAUAUUAAGGCUCAAAGGCCAACGGUUCGGAGAUGAGCACCGCAGCCACGCUCAGCUGUAGAGUAUGCACCCACCUUUACUCUCAGAUAAUUGGAUAACUUCAACUUUUUAGAGAGUGCCAUGUUUGCUCGCCUCUCAAACAUGUUUGGUGCAAAUGAUGAUGAAGAACAGGGCCGCAACUCUCCAUCCAGGAAAGCUGACUCCAAAAGCAGCAGUCAGGGAGGCACAAACCCCAUGCACUCAUUCAAUGCAGCUCAGUGUCAAAUAGACAAUUCUGGGAGUGUCUUGGAGAAGAUUGCUGGACUUUAUGCUGAGCGAUUGAUGAGUGACAUAGUGUUGGUUGUGGGCCCAAGAGAGUUUCCUGCCCACCGCCUCAUUCUCUGUGCCUCCUCUGAUGUCUUCCAGGUGAUGCUGAUGAAUCCCCGGUGGAAUGAGAGCCGAGAGCAGCGCAUCGUGCUGCAAGAGGCUGCAGAAUGUGUGGAAGUUUUUGAGCUUUUCUUGCGCUAUCUCUACACAGGUCGUCUAAAGGUGUCACAUGCCACCGUCCUCCCAAUUUUAGCUCUAGCUGAUAAAUAUAAUGUUAAGGAUCUUAUUGAGACGUGUGUGAAGUACAUGAAAAUGAACAUUGUGUCAGCAUCACAACAAAACUACUUGAUAGCAUGGCUUCAGUACACCCUCACCUGUGGCCAUUCAGAUAUCUCCUCGGUGUGCUUAAAUCAUUUUAAGUGGAAUCUGGAGCAGGUGGCUACACAUGAAGACUUUGCCUCCUGCGACUUGGACCUGCUGACCACAGUGCUGGCAGAGCAUGAUGUUGUGGUUCAUGAUGAAAUGACUCUCUACAACAUUGUUGUAUCAUGGCUCCAUCAGCAGGCAGAAAAAAUCCUGAGCCCAACACCUGUACAGACCCCAGGGGAGCCACCCACAAAUCAUGGCUCCCACACUCCUGGCACCAGCUCUGCAGUCCACUGUUUUCCUCUCACCCCACCCUCCAUCACCGCAGCUUGUUGCAGACUCCAUCUUAGGCGAGACUCCACCACAAGCUCCUUUGACUAUGGUGACCGCAUGGAAUGGCUUACGUAUGAGGUGAUGAAGUUCGUCCGAUUCCCAAUGAUGACCCCGAGGCAGUUGGCUGAACUGUUGCUGGUGCCACUGACCAUCAAGUACAAAGAAUUCUUUGUCACACGCAUGGCCAUCGGAAUGUCAUUUCACUCAGGCCAGUGGGAGCGUGUGAGAGAAAUAAUAAGGGAUCCUGAACCAUCCAACCGCCUCUUGUUCACCCCGCGGCUGUACACAGCGGAACAGUGGAGUGCCAGCCUCACUGUGGAUAACUUGCCUGGCCUUCCAGCCUAUCACACUCGCACUUUGGUGUUCUCUACUCCAGCUUCUGCCUCAGAGCUGGACUGUGAUUCUCAACUAGAAUGGAUAGUUGAACUUUAUCCUAAGGGUGUAUGGUUUAGAAAGUUUUACCUAAUAGUGUGGCAAGGAACAGUUGAGGUUCCUGAAGCUGUAUUAAGGACAGUCCGACUGGCAGUUACAGCGAAGGAUGUGGAAUAUGCCAGAGUGAGAGUGGCAGUUCUAGUUUUUGCAGUUCAAGAAGGGAUUGAAUAUAUAGUUAAUGUGGUAUCUACUAACUACAUAUUUUCUACCGAUGACAACUUACUGAAUCUGGACGACAUUCUUCCCUUUGACAACUUGAACAAUCCUCCUGAAAGGAAAAGAUACUUACAAGAGCCCUGCGACUCCCUCAAGAUUCAUAUCGUCAUCAGCCCUCUCAGUGACCCCAAGCUGGGUGCUGCAGGAGUCACUUGAUGAUUCCACCUGUGACUAGACUCAUCAUCUCUUUCUGCUGUGUGAUUUGUGAUGUUUGUUGUGAUGUCUGUCAUUGUAGUGCUUCUGAAUAUCUAUUAAUAUAGAAACUGACUUUAAAUACAAAUGUUUUUUUAAGUGUUUGUGUCGGAAAGUACUCCUGGUUCCAGUUACAUUGCAAAAGUUUUGUACAUUUUUUUUGUGUGGUGACGAUUCUUGAAAAAUUUUCUGUGAUGACUAGAACCCUGCUUAGAAUUUGAGCAAUUUUUUUAUAUUCUUACUAGCAGCUAGUAGGUGACCCCAUUUAAUAUUUUGUGUGAGUUUUUUAUAGCUUAGUUUUAUAAAUCUCAUGACAAUAUGCAUAUAUUUUUUUAUUCACUGUUGUUUGAUGCAAAAAAGGUUUUAAUUGGUAAACUGAAUAAAGGAAGUUGAGCAUGAAGUUUCACUCAUAGUUUAGGAAAAAAAGAUAGCUAUUUAAUUUCUCGUGUUUGCUAGUUGUGUCAUAUUGUGUCACUAUGGAAUUAUCCUUUUAUUAUUGUACUUAUAUAUGAAGCUCAAAAUAUGCAAACCUAUUUACAUAUUUUCUAUUUUGCUUCACUUGUUUCUUUAUCUAAACAUUUUGUGUUUCAUUAUGUGCAUGGUAAAGAUGCUUGGAUUUGAGGGCAUUAAUGUUAAGGCUGACAGUCUUAUGAGUUUUAGAAGUACUGCUAAUUGAUAGUGUUCUUUGUGACUGAUAUUUUCUUUCCAAACUAGGUCAUGUUUUAAUUUCAUUUUAGUGUUCUGUAAAGUAUGUGACUCCAAAUAUCAUGAACAUGCAUUCAACAUGUGACUUAUCAAGCUCACAGUUUGGCAUGAACUUCAGUGACCCCUUUAUUCAUUGCAGAAGUACAACAUUGAUAUACUGUAUCAUAUUGAUAUUUCAGGCAUUAAGCUGUAAGUAUAAUGCUGUCCCUUAGAAUUUAUGGCAUAGCAUGAUAUUGUUGAUAAAAUUACUAGCUUCUUGUGAUAAAACUAAAAUCUAA